AUGAAUAGAACAGUAUACGACUACCAACGUGGCAAUUUCGAUGCUUUAAGAUCAUCACUCGAAUCCAAGAAUCUGUCCAACCUAAUACCAGCGGAAGGCGAUAUUGACCACGACUGGCUGAUCUGGAAAACUACUUUCCUUACAAUAGUUGCUGAUCAUAUCCCAACUAAAAGACUUCGAAGUCGAAAAUAUGUGCCUUGGCUUAGGGGUGAAAUUUUGCACAACAUCAAAAAGAAAAAUUCCUUAAGACAAAGAUUGAAAAAAUCUCCCAGUGACUAUCUCCGCCACAAGUUUAAAACUCUCAGAGCCACAAUCAAGCUUAUGAUAAAAAUCAGCCGAUCCAACUACAUUUCCUCUCUCUGCACAAACAUCCAAACCAAUUCCAAACGUUUCUGGUCACUAUUUAAACUAAAAGGCGCAACACGUUCUGUCCCGGAAAAAAUUUCAAUAAAAACAAGUGUCAACAAUGUUCGUGAAUAUGCCGAGAAUCCUAGGGACAUCGCAACACUUUUCAACCGCUACUUUGUAUCAAUCUUCUCGAGUGAUCCUAUCAAUAUUGUUAAUCAACAAUCUAUAUCCGAAACCACUGACAUUAUUUUUAAUGACAUUAUUUUGUCGGAAGGAACAGUGCGCUUAGUUUUAAGAAAUCUUGAUAACAACAAAGCGCAUGGUCCAGAUGAAAUCCCAGCAAGAUUACUUACCGAAACUGCAUACCAAAUCGCUCCAUCUCUAUGCCUUCUGUUUAACAAGUCCUUAAAAAGUGGAAUAGUACCUCGAGAAUGGAAACUUGCCAAUGUUGUACCCAUCCACAAAAAGGGGGAUAAAGAUCAUGUAGAAAACUAUCGGCCAAUUUCUCUUCUCUCACUUGUCUCCAAAGUCUUAGAGCGUUGCGUGUUCAUUAGUAUCAAAGAACAUGCUUUCAGUCAAAUAAAUUCUUGCCAACAUGGCUUCAUUUCAGGAAAAUCAUGCGUGACACAACUAAUUAAAGUUUUAGAUACCAUCGGCAGCCAAUUAGAUCUCGGAAAGCAGAUUGAUGUGAUCUACCUGGAUAUGUCAAAAGCAUUUGAUAAGGUUAGUCACGUACGUCUUCUACAUCGUCUCAGAGAAUUUGGAUUCGGAGGAAAUCUCUUAAUGUGGUUUAAUUCUUACUUGAAAAAUCGCCAACAACAAACUACUGUUCUCGGUGCAACAUCGACAGCACUACCAGUGACAUCCGGAGUACCACAAGGUUCCAUUCUUGGCCCACUACUUUUCCUCUUAUAUACUAAUGAUCUAUCCUCUUCCAUCGUGAAUUCGAACGUAGCAGCUUUCGCUGAUGACACUAAGAUUUUUAAAGUGAUUAACUCCAGGACCGAUGCAAUAUUAUUACAAAAUGAUCUUCUCAACUUUAAUUCCUCCUCAUCCAAUGCUGGUCUGCAUCUUAACACAUCAAAAUGUAAAACCCUCCAGGUCACCAGGAAACACAACAAAAUAGAUUUCCCUUAUCAACUACAAGAUACCAUACUAGAAAAGACUGAUUGCGAACUCGAUUUAGGUGUAUGGACGAAUUAUGAUCUCACUUGGUCAAAGCAAGUUACACAACAAAGUAACAAAGCUAAUAAAAUGCUGGGUUACAUUCGAAGAUCAACUUUCAAUAUUUGCGAGUUUGCAAUUCGACGAACACUGUACCUUUCUCUGGUUCGCUCACACUUAGGAUAUGCCACCCAAGUAUGGGCGCCCCAAACAGUUGAGUUGGUGAAAAGAGUAGAACGAGUUCAGAGGCGUGCAACUAAAUAUAUUUUAAAUGUUUCCUUUAUUUGUGAUACAGAAUAUAGAGACCGACUCCUUGCAACCAGUUUGCUCCCUCUCAGCUACUGGCACGAAUACCUGGAUGUAGUAUUCUUCUAUAAGGCAAAUCACAACAUUUUUAAUAUUGAUAAAAAAAUUCUUCCAUUUCCUCAACCUCAGGGUCAAAGACAGACAAGAUCAUUUAAUCCCAACUCGCACAAAUAUAAAAUUCCGACAUACAAGACGUCAACCUAUGAAAAAUCUUACAAAAUCGGAACAUCAAGAAUAUGGAACACACUACCCAAUUAUAUUACAUCCAAAGACCUAACAUUUUCAGAAUUUAAGAAUCUUCUUUUUAAGUACUAUAUUUUAGCAUCAGAAAAUACAUACGAUGUUGAGGAUCCCCGGACAUGGAAAAGUGUGUGUAUAAAAUGUAAUUCCGCUCGAAGUUUAAUGAACUCUCCAUUGACAUGCUGCUUUUAGACAAAUGUAAUGACUGUUGUUCAAGUAUUGUCUGUUGUGUGUGUUUAGUAUACCUUGUAAAUUGUUUCUGUAUAACUAUUGGGGCCGCUGUAAUUGGCAAUAGCUGUUGUGGUUUCCCAGCCAAUGAAUGUAUAAGUAUGAUGGCAAAGUAAAUAAAUAAAUAAAUAUAACAGCAAAACGUAUUUAUAGCACACCAUACCUUCACUAUAGCGUUGUCGUUGUAAAGUCCUGUUCAGCGCUAAUGUCCGUACUUUAAUGCUACAAUUCUUCGAAAGCCAGGUUCCCUCUUUAUAUCGUAAAAUAAUAUUCAACGUCUAACGGCGUGUCACUUUUCACACGGCAAAUUCUUUCCAAAACAUUAGUCUUCGAUAACUCCUCCUUGGCACCUUGCACUCAGAAUAAGUUACAUUGUCGAAUGUUUACUUAAUCUGUAAGCGUGUGCUAUAAAAUUAUACUAAACUUUGUCAAUACGUUUUACUCCGCAUAUAAAAACUGUUCAUGUAUAAUGAUAAUGCAUGGUCUGCUUCUACCGUUUCAGCCGCCAUGACAGAGUUCUCAAAUUACCAACGGCGAAUGUGCGAAGUGUCAUUCAAAUAA